AUGUCUGCAGCGACUCCUCCGCCAGCAGAGGCUACAGGAGAAGCCCCCAAGACCCCUGAGGAGCCCUCCUCCCCUGCCGAACCUGAGGUGUCCGAGCAUCAACUGAUUAGGAACGACUAUGCUGGAUUGAUCAUUGGGAGGAACGGCGAGAGAAUCAGUGGCAUCCAGAACGAGAGUGGAGCCCACGUUCAGAUCGACAGGGCCCCGGACGCUAUGAACAUGCGACGUAUCGAUGUGAACGGGCCCAAGUCAAAGGUCGAUAGAGCAAUGGAGAUGAUCAAGUCAGCGAUCGCUGAAGCUGUCCGGCGCGAGAGAUCCAGGAGCCCUGGUCGCAGUCAUGGUUCGAAUCCGCAAGGCAUGACGCCUCCACCGCCGCCUCCACCGGUAUCGAUGUCGGCCCCUCCCCCACCACCUCCCCCUCCACCGUCCUAUGGGGAGCACCCUAGGAUCAAUAAUCAUAUGCCCUACGAGAAGAUUUAUGUGGAUGAGUUGGACUUGAAGAACCGGUAUCAAGGUGAUCCCUACACUACCGUCGGUGUUCGAUCGGACGAUGAGCUUUUCAUUCGGAACCUGCCCACCUCCGUCAGUGACAAUGAGAUCGGGGUAUCGCUGUCGAAGUAUGGGAGUAUCAUGGAAGUCUUCAUCGUGCGGGAUGGCGGUGCCAAUCCUACGGACUCUCGAGGCGAGGCUUAUGUCCUGUUCGAGACCCACGACGGUGCAUCAGCAUGUAAGGCGGCAAUCGAUGGGAAAUAUGCCUCUGAGGUCAUCACUGGUGCCUCAUCCACUGACGAGCCCAUGGUGGUUACCUUUUCUGACAGUCAACGUAUGCUGCAGGGCUCUAUGGGGGCCUACCUCCACGACAACAUCUUCAGUCGGCUGAUGGGUCCAUCUGGUAUGAACGUGAAGCAGAUUGCCUCCCUAUGCAAGGCUAGGGUCACUCUUGCUGCUAGGAGUAUGAAGAACUUUGGUUCGGUCUUCACUGACCCCAGGGUUCACAUUAUGGUCUAUUACGACAGUGGCCGGCCCGCCCCUCAACCGAAAGAGUUGGUCCUUCAACAGGCCAGGGAUGAGUUCACCAAGUUGGUCGAUCAUGUCCUGCAGUGGACUAAGGAGACCAAGCCUGUGCAUAGGAGUGGCGGUAAGGGUUAUGGCAGAGCAAUGCAGCCUCCUCCACCACCACCGCCUGUUGGGGGACAACCACCGCCUCCUCCUCCACCACCACCAAUGGGAGGUGUUCCUCCCCCACCACCUGGUAUGGGAGGCCCUAACGGUCUUCCUCCCAGUGGUGGUGCCCUACUCGCGACGACGCCUGUGAUGGUGACACUGAAGAACCCUCCUGGGCUGGAUGUCAGCGAGUUAUCGACUCUGAGGUCUGAGGGAGAGCAGUUCUAUUUAUCGAAGCCAGAUGCAGCUCAGCCUACUGAGCGGGGAUGGAAGUGUACCCCAUUGCGGUGGUCUAAUGAGAAGGAGCCCUUCGUGAUCCUCCAACACAAGCAGACCGGUCGCCUUCGUAUGUGCGUGUCUAGGUCGGACAGCCCGAUGGAGGUGUGGCCUACGAUGUUCGAGACUAGAGAUGAUCAGGCCUUGGCCGAGUCCAAGUUGGUCCCGAUGAUGCUUAGAGCUCCCCUCACACCUGGGGAGACGGCCGACUCUCCUGGACAGUAUCUAAUGAUAGUCUUGGCCAUACAUCGCCCUACUGGUGCCGGCAGGGUAUUCCAAGUCAGCGCUCCGAAUCAGCCUUGGGUGCCCCUUAGGGACAUUACCCCUGAUGACGAGUGGUCGGUGACUCCCGGUGUCCGCUGUAACGUUAGAGUCACUCCGGUGUAUAUGCAUGGCCGAACCUUCGUUCUCAUUCAAGAUGGUGAUGCCUGCUCAUUGAGGGAAAUAUGCGAUCCGACUGCCGCUUGGGUGAAGGUGAACAGUUCUAUUGCCAACGGUGAUGUAGACAUCUCAUGCAAGUUGAAGAUACUCUAUGUCGUACCUCCUCCCUCAGGGACGUCCGAGGCUGACCAUCCCUCGGUGGGAAACUUCCACACGUAUGUGGCGUGGGUAGCCGGUGGGAUGCUGCGUAUUGCCAAGUUGCCUCAGUUCAGUGCUUUGGCCACUGACUCGUGGCAGAGGGUGGCAGCCGUAACGCUCAAUACUUCCCCUCAUACUCGUAUCGCCCCCGUCUACCUACCCUAUCUACCGGAGCCUCUGCUCCUCGCCACCUCAGCUGGUGACGCAGGUGCGGCUGGGACCAUGCAGGUGUGGCGACUCUAUCUCUCGGAGGGUCUUUCCUGUGAUCGUCUUGUGAUGACCCCCAACCCUAGGGUCGUCCGGCAGAUGCAAGUGCCUCGGGUGACAAAGUGUAGUGUACGUGACUUGACCAUGGAUCUGCCGCUCACUGAUUUGGCCGCUCCCGACCGGUACGAUGGGAAGUUCGUGGGUAAGCGCUUACCCUUCGAACCGCCGAUGCCUGUGAAUAUUCCCCCUCCUCGACCGGUUGAUAAUGAUACUAAUAUCUUGUGGGUUCGAGAGGACUGUGGUUCGGCCAUUGAUGGUAGUAGCAGUGGCUCUCCAUCGAAGACUGCUGGCCGUAAGGGUAGUGCGUGUUGUCUGUCAACUCUGGAGGGCCUCGAUUUGGAUAUGAAGGCGUUGCCUAAAGAAGUGACUGCUGCUGGUCAGAGCUCCUCUAAAAGUAUGCGAGUAACCCCAUUAAGGUGGGCUCCUAAUAGAGAGUGUCUUUUCGUGGUCAUACAGGAUGCCAAGCAUCAGGCGACAAGGGUGUGUGCUGCAGACGUGAAUCAGCACUGUGAUAAGUGGACGACUCUGCUCGAGUUCGGCGACGAGGCGGUGCCUUUCUCUCAAUGCCACUUCUACCCCUUCAUGUUUUCCCCGGUUACCAGUACCUCUACUGAGCCCGAUCUCUUCGUGAUGGCCGUGCAUAGAGCUAGUCAAAAAGGAGGAGUGUUCUUCAUACAGAACCCUACAACGUCAUGGCAGUUCGUCCGAGAGGUCGAUGUACUGCAGGAGCCCGAGUUCUUCGACGCUUCUUGUGAAGCCGAAAUUCUCUAUCACCACUCUAAGGCCCCUGGCCAACAACAACAGGUCUGCACUUUCUUCAUAGUACAUACUGCUGACCAUGGUACGUCCAUCCGAGUAAUCGCGGACCCUCAAAGGCCCACUGUGGAGAUAUCCAAACCCAAGGCGUUGAAGUCAGUAGAAGGUCCCAACUCCUCAACCCCUAGACCCGUGCCGCUCUAUGUCUAUGCUGCUCGUCGACUAUCGGUUAAUACCUGGCCGGUGGAGGUGUUUAUGGCGUGGUUGGAGAAGCCUGGGUAUUUGGUCAUUGCUCACUUACCUUUAGCCGACGGCAAAUGGACGGAAGUGUCUCGAACGAAGGUGUCCUCGUCGGCCAACGCUUUGGUACCGAUCUAUCUGCCCUAUUAUCAAGAGCCUCUACUGCUCGUGCAGAACUCGGAUGAAGGAACUGUUGAUUUGGUCCGCCCACAUUGUGUCGAGAGCGCCGGUGGGCGCGUGAAUUCUGCACGUUUUCUGAUGAGGUACCGAUUAGGUCCGGACACUGAGGGAUUGUCUUUGGUUGACAUCACGGCAGAUAGUCCGCUGCAAUGGUUGCCGCAGACUGGGGGACAGGUUAUUUCCAAUAGGCCUACCUACGAUCGUCAUCCCCUACCAUGUGAGAGGGUAGGGCCAAGACGCAAACAUGAAUGUAGACUGUCGGUGAAUGCCGCUACGUUGGGCAAGAGGAGACGGAAGGAUACUGAUGACAGCCACCGCGGAGGAGUCGAUCUAGAUCUCAUGGAAGACAUCGAGAAGACCAUCGUCAUCAUCACAACAGUAGAGAGGAAGAUGGUGAUGCCCACCGCCGGUCGACCAGCCAUCGGACCAGUAGCCGUGAUAGGUUAA